AUGUCGGUUGCACACGGAGUCAAGACGCUAGGCGUGGUGGGAGCUGGGCAGAUGGGGCUUGGUAUUGCGUAUGUCGCGGCACUCAAGGCGCAGAUUCCCUCGGUGAUGCUCUGCGAUGCUUCGGCAGGGCAGCUUUCCAAGGGCGUGGCGUUUUUCGAGACGCUGCUCAAGAAGGACGUUGCCAAAGGCAAGGUUAGCCAGUCGGAUGCAGAUGCAGCCAGGGCUAGGCUGGUGACUGUAGAGAAGCUGGAGGACUUUGCAGGUAGCAAGGGGGUCGCGGAUAUGGUGAUCGAGGCGGCGACGGAGAACCUCGCUGUCAAGCAAAAGAUCUUUGGUACGCUCGCCAGCACGCUGCCUCUCGAGACGAUUCUGGCGACGAAUACGAGCAGUAUCAGUGUCAGUAAGAUCGCUGCCAGCGCGGUUGGGGCCGGUGUGAAGCCCGGAUCGGAAGAAGCAUGGAAGAGUCCAGCCCGAGCAUUGGGCAUCCACUUUUUCAACCCUGUGCCCGUGAUGCCUUUGGUGGAGCUGAUUCCUGCGAUUCAGACGGCGCCAGAGGUGGUGGAUCGCUCGCGCGCCUUCGCGCAGGCAUGCGGCAAAGAGGUCACCACCAGCAAAGACGUGCCCGGCUUUGUAAGCAACCGACUGCUCAUGCCGUUCAUCAACGAGGCUGUCAUGGCGCUCGAAAAGGGCAUUGCCUCGAGGGACGAUAUCGACAAGACGCUGCGGCUGGGCAUGAACCACCCCAUGGGCCCCCUGACGCUCGCCGACUUUAUCGGCCUCGACACGUGCCUCAGCAUCAUGGAGACGCUCUACCGCGAAACGGCCGACAGCAAGUACAGACCCGCCGUGCUGCUCGGCCGCAUGGUCGACGCUGGAUGGUUCGGCAAGAAGUCCGGAAAGGGCUUCUACGACUAUCCUGCCAAGUAA